CAGGAGUCCGGACCGGUUUGUUGUCCUGCAUAUAACUUCAAGCCAUCCAGCCAAGCGCUUCUGUUUUAUUUCUCGCGUUUAAAAGUGUGAAACAUGUCUAACACAACAGUCAAACAGAAGAGACACUCUUUGAACGUUGCCAAGCUCACAGGUUUUCUUCCUUCCAGGUCAUCUAAAACACUAAAUGUAUCAUCUGGAGUAUUUCGCGCGAGUAGAAGCAUUUCAAAGACCAUUAACCCUUCAAUCAGCGGGAAGAGCUUCAGUUCGGCAGGUGACAGUAAAGUUCUAGACAAGAGCUCGGCCCAAACACCAAAACACACUAUUCAGGUGUUUGAUGAACAUGGGCUGGACGUUGCUCCUCGCCCAUUAUAUAAUCCAGAUCCUGGGGUUUUACAACCUAAACAAGGAAAAAUAUUUCCUGCGCAUGACACGUCAUGGACUACCAUGACAGACUUUCCCUCGGUAGCCUUCCAGACCACCAACGCAAGCUUUACUGGACCGUUUACAAGGUCUUUUUUUGGGAGCACAUCCAGAACAAGCCUGACAGCGGAAUCGGUGACUGAUGAAACUAAAGACUUGUUAGUGAAACAGGACUUGUCCAACAGUCUUUCAGAUGUUCAGGUUCAUAAAGAGGAGGUGAAGGAGCAGGUCAGGGAGGACAUAUUGGACAGUGUGCUGGAUUGUUACCUGACUGAGACAGAGACCAUCUGGCUGCUGGACAUUCCUGCAGUGUCCAUGUCUGUAGAUUCAGAGGAUGCUGAGGCAGUCAAGGAAAGGAACAACGCUUACACAGAACUGUGCAAAAACAGACAGGGCAAUGAUAAGUAUGUGGAACGCUCAAUGCAAACAUUCAGUGGUGCACCAAAGACGAAAGAGGUCCAGUGUGAUAGCAUUACAAUGGCAGACAAAGGUGUCAUGGCCACCAUCUGGGACAUGCAUGAUUCAUUCCGCAAUAAAAGUGAUGUCAGUGGAAACACAGCAGUGUCUGCUCAAGAAAAUACGCCUGCUGUCCCAGACUCCUCCAUGAGUUACCUCCUGAACCCUAAGGGUUCUGACCAGAGUAUGUCUAUGGUCAGCCUCACCAGUACAGUUAGUGGCUCAAGCACUCAACUUGAAAAGAUGCUGUGUGUGCUUCCGGUGGAGGAAGAGCCAGAUCUUGAGCUGAUCUUACAGUCAGACAAAUUAAAGCAGGACCUGGCAGUGAUGGAAAAGGUGGUUCUGGCCAAUAUCUUCCAACCCAAGCUUGCUGCAUACAGACAACUGCCUAUAAUAGAGGACCCAGACUGUGUGCGGAUGGCAAUGGGGUCUGAAAACUCCCUGAGCCCAUUCCUUGAGCAUCUCUGGGCCUUUGAGUGUGAACUCACCAUGGGGCGAAAUGUCAGCUGUAUGACCUGGAACAAGAAAAAUCCAGAUCUUCUUGCUGUGGGAUAUGGACAGCUUGAUUUCAAAGAUCAGAAAUCUGGACUUGUGUGCUGUUGGUCUUUGAAGAACCCCACGUGGCCUGAUCGAAUCUAUCAUUGUGAGAGUGGAGUCACUGCACUGGAUUUCUCAGCUUGUAAUGCCAAUCAGCUGGCAGUAGGCAUGCAUGAUGGCACCAUUGCCAUCUAUAAUGUACAGGCCACAGAACAAACACCCAUCAUUGACAGCAGUGACUGUGCCAACAUGCACACGUGUCCGGUGUGGCAGCUCAGAUGGAUUGAUCAUGAGAGUGGUCUAAGUGGAGAGGAUAAAGGGGAAAUACUCAUCUCUGUGUCAGCUGAUGGAAGAAUCAGCAAAUGGGUCCAGUACAAAAGCCUGGAAUGCGUUGACCUGAUGAAACUGAAGAUGUCUAACAUGGCAACGAACCGCCAGCACUGGAGACCGUUGAUCUCAUCAUUGUCACCGGGGCUGUGUUUCGAUUUCCAUCCUAAUGAUUCAAAUAUCUACCUGGCUGGAACAGAGGAAGGUCAUAUUCACAAGUGCUCUUAUUCAUAUAAUGAGCAAUUCUUGGAAACUUAUAACGCCCACAAAGGUCCCGUCUAUAAAGUGGCAUGGUCGCCGUUCUGUCCAGAUGUUUUCCUGAGUUGUUCCUCAGAUUGGACUAUUCAACUCUGGAGACAGGACCUCCAGACACCCGUGCUUUGUUUUAACUCUAAACAGAAGGCUGUGUUUGAUAUCAUGUGGUCUCCGCACUGUGCUACUGUCUUUGGAGCUGUCAGCAAGGGUAAGGUGGAAAUCUGGGACCUGAGAGUCAGUAGUCUGGACCCGACAAUUGUGAGCGAGACCAGUUCAGGAGUGAAUCCCACAGCUCUGCUGUUCACCACUGAGACAGACUGUGUUCUGGUGGGGGACAGUGAGGGGGGGGUCACUGUGUACAAGCUGAAGAACCUCAAACCUGGAGGCAGCACACAGGUGGAGACGUUGGAGGAAGUAAUUCAGUCCACGCUGUCCAGUCAACACUGAGGAGCAUUAGGAAAGACUGGUACAGGCUCAUAUAAGGAUCAGGCUGUUUGUUUUUACCUAUCCAUCAUCAUAAUCUAUAUCCUCUGGCAGACUGAGUGACUCCAUUUUACAUAACAAUGGGAUUACAGUAUGCAUGCCUGUUUGUGCCUUAUUGUCCAUCCUUGUAGGAAUAAAUAUAUCCCUCCAAAAAGUCAUGUUUUAAAGUAAAUUAAAGUAUGGUGAAUUUAUUUGUAAUUUUGAUGAGAUGAAAAUGUCUUUUAUGUAUUUUUUAAACCUUUGGUUGUUAUAUGUUAACCUAUGUUAACAACAUAGGAACUAUAACAACAUUGCUUCAGAAGCUAAUUAAUAAUAAUAAAAAAAAUAAAAAAAAAUAAAAAACUUUACACAAAGGCCUUAUGUUUCUAACCAUAUUUUAAAAGCAUUUUUGCAUGCAGGCAUUCAUUGGUAAGGAACAAAUACAUUUGUUUGAAAUAAUUGUCGGAUGUGUUAUAUUGGUUUUGUGUGGGAACCACAGACAGAAUGUAAGUGUUUGUUCUGUGGUAAUGGACAGACAGUUUUAUUACCACUUGCCCGCCACACAUUACAGCUUAUCGACGACAUGAGGGCCA